ACUGAUAGCACGUGGUGAGAGCCGCCGUCGCCUCGCCGCUGGCCGCGUGGUGCAGUGCUGCGCGGACGCCGGUUCGCGAGGUGACCACUCGACCGGCAGGUAUUGGGUUAACGGAGAUAAGAGGUUGUGCGUGUUUUUUUUUCGCGCGAGUGCGGCAACCGAACGGCGUGAGCGCCACGACGUAGCUAAUGUAGCUAUCCAUCCAUUCGCUCCUCGCCGGCUCGCGCGCCUGGCGGUCGCCUCACGUCGCCACGCGAUAUUAUAAUUACCAAUGUUUCUAUGUAAAUAUCGUUGCAGGGCACCAACUAUUACGUACAAAAUAAAUCAUAACUGACGGAGGAAGCGACAACAAUAUUUCAAAAUGGACAAGGAUCACGCUUUAGAGGAGAUGAUGGGAAAACUGGGGGAUUUCGGCCGGUACCAGUGUUUCCAGUUCAUACUGCACAUCCUGGCCGCCAUGACUGCCGGUAUGCACAUGCUCUCGCUCGUCACCGUCGCAGCAGUGCCAGAACAUAGGUGUGCACUGCAAGACGGAGAUACAAAUUUCUAUACACCGCCGAAUUCUACAAUAUUGCUGCUGAACAAUCAAACGAAUAAAGCGGAAUCAUGCAGGAUGUACGAAAACGACACCAUAGUGGAGUGCGAAUCUUGGGUAUUCAACACAAAGUAUUACACCUCGUCCCGAGCCAUCGAAUGGGACUUUGUUUGCAGCCGGCGAUGGAUGGGAGCGUCUGCGCAGACAGCUUAUAUGUUCGGAGUCGUCGUAGGCUCCCUAGUGCUCGGCAGGAUGUGUGACAGAUUCGGAAGAAAAACAGUGUUCGUGGCUGCGGGGGUGUUGCAACUAGUCUUUGGGGCCGCUGUAGCAUUUACAACAGAAUAUUACACUUUCAUGGUUGUCAGAUUCCUGUACGGUAUCUUCGGCUCCGGGUCUUACAUAGCCGGAUUUGUGCUAACCAUGGAGCUAGUGGGACCAUCUAAACGCACAAUAUGCGGCGUAACUUUCCAAAUAAUGUUUGCAGUCGGCAUAAUGCUUCUGGCGGCUUGGGGAUAUCUUAUUGACAACAGAUUUUAUUUACAAAUCGUUUACGCGCUACAUGCUGUCAUUUUACUCCCACAUUGGUUAUUGAUGGAUGAAUCUCCUAGGUGGCUUUGGGCCCAGGGCCGCGCUCGUGAGUCAGUGGCUAUCGUAGAGAAGGCGCUUAAAAUUAACAGAUCUAUUGAAACUGUAGACACCCCUCAGCUAGUCUCCCACUGCAAAGCGACGUGUGCUAAAUACACUGAUGAACACUCAGCUGGGACCUCCGACUUGUUCAAGACUCCAAACAUGCUAAGAAAAUCUUUAAUCGUUUGUGGUUGCUGGUUCGCUAAUUCCGUUGUGUAUUAUGGUCUCUCUCUUAAUACCGGUAAACUAGAAGGCAACCCAUAUUUUAUCAUGUUCUUGAUGGGAGUAGUAGAGUUGCCUAGUUAUGUCAUCAUAGUGUACUUUUUGGAUAGAGUCGGGCAUAGAGCGCUUAUUAGCACUAUGAUGUUACUAGGUGGAAUUUCGUGCCUCGUCGUAGCCGCGCUGCCCCACGGAUCUACGUCGACGACUGGUAUCGUCAUGGUGGGAAAACUAUUUAUUUCUGGUUCAUACUCCAUAAUUUAUAAAUACUCAGCUGAACUUUUCCCUACCGUGGUUCGGAGCUCCGGCGUGGGACUUGGCAGUAUGUGCGCGAGUGUGUCAGGCGCCUUAACACCAUUAAUCUCUUUGCUUGACACUCUAAACCCAAAGAUCCCAACUAUUAUAUUUGGCUUUUUGGCCUUGUUUUCUGGAGCUUCUACGUUCUUCUUGCCCGAAACUGUCGGACGGAAUCUGCCACAAUCGUUGGAUGACGGCGAGAAGUUCGGCGUUGGCGACACAUGUUUCACGAAUUGCAGCGGCAAGCGGAUGAGCGAAGCUUCUAUCGAUUUACCAGAAACUAUGGUUCCCCUAGAAACUAUUGGGAAGAACUAAUAAUUACCAUUAUAAUCGUAUACAAUAACCUUGCCACAACGCUGUCUAAAAAUUAAGCUUAGUUUAGAUUGUACAUUUUUAAUUGUCUUGG